UGAAAAAUUCGUUAAUUAACAGCUGUUGACAAACCUUUUGCAAUGACGUCAACGGUAUGCUAUGCAGUGAUCUGGACCAGCGGUCCUUACUUUAUAUAAAUCCUAAUGCGCGGAGUAUCUUAGCCAUUUAUUUUGGUCUCUUAAGUUUUAGAGUUGUACUGAUAUCGAUAAUAACUCUUGAUACUCCUCCCAACAGGCGACAUCUGAAUCACCGAAAUAGAUUGUUAUCAAGAGCAUUGCUUGGGUGUUUAAAACUUCCCAACUACUACUGAAGGAUAAAAUCAUACAAUACACUUUUGUUCCUGGACUGGCUGGAUCAAAGAACACUAGUGGGCACUGUUAAUAAUAAUCACUACGAGCAAGAACGGCCACACCGAGCUGUGGUAAAACCUCAUUCGGCAAUCCGCUAUUUAGAAAAUGGACAGACGAUAGCUACUGAUCAGUUCUAAGGAAAAGCUAUACGCACUCCGAUAUUAAUAAUCAAGUCACCAUAUAAAAGGCAAACAAGCUACGAGCUGUUAUUUGAAAACAAGCAAUGUCUUGGUGGGCUAAUAACUCAUCUUUAAUCGCGAGCAAUGGGAGCUUGCCCCUUUUCGCACGUUCAGGCACUGAGGUUUCAAUAUUUGUAAUAAUCUACAUUCUGCUUUCGGCAACCGUAGUUGUGGGUAAUAUACUAGUUGUGGCGAGCUACGCCACCAACGCGAAGCUUCGUACUGGCAUCAGCAUGUUUUUUGUCAGCCUUGCGGUUUCUGACUUGUGCGUCGGUCUUAUUUCUAUUCCGUGGUGGAUCUACCAGCUUCUGUGCAGUCCGACAAUUAAAAACUGCUCUUCAAAAGACACAAAUUUAAUCAUUUUAAACCGCAUUUUCGAUAUCUUCAGCGCUUUGGCAUCGAUAAUGAACCUUGUUGCGAUCAGCAUUGAACGACGGAUCGUCGUGUCAAAUCUCAAGAAAAUAAGCAAGCGUGGUCGUAAUAAAAAGGUCAAUUUGUUUAUGAUCUCUGUAGCUUGGCUUUUGGCAAUGAGUAUUUCAAUUUAUAAUGGGAUUUACUCCAGUCUGGCCUACUCCAGAAUCCGCACUCUAGUAUUAUUCCUGUGUGGCUUUGUGGUUCCUCUCGUCAUAAUGGUCUUCAUUUAUAUAGAUAUUUACAGAUUGGUCAGAAAAACUCAAGAGAAAAUUUCCCGCCACAUCUCAUUACAUCAACGCCGUGUCCGCGUCAACACCUUUGAGGAAAGGAAAACUGCACAGACAGUAAUUAUCAUUACUGCGCUGUUCGUGUUAGCAUGGACACCUUUUUUCGUAGUGUCUGUGCUUUAUCCCUAUAGUCCAUCGUCCUUACCGUCUGGGGAGAAGCUAAAGAGCUUGAUCGACUUUAUUAAGUGGAUGCAUUAUAGUAAUAGUGCCGUGAAUCCCUUUGUGUACGCCUUUCGCAACGAAGAAAUCAGGAAGGCAAUGCUACGUGUGAUUCCCAAUUGUUUUUACUAUUUGUGCUGUAAGGCUGGUAGUGCACAGGAAAGACGAUUACGACGUUAUUAGCCAAGACAAUAAAAAAAAAAAAAAAAAAAAAAAAAAAUAAAAAAAAAAAAAAAAAAAAAAAAAAAAAAAAAAAA